AUGAUUCAACCGGUAACAUUUGCUCAGAAUAGUAACACAGAAAAUCAAUCUUCUGGAAGCUUAAAUAAAUUACAGCUGGGCAGCACAUGGAGUGGAGUAAAGGGCCUAAAUAUAGACUUGGAUAAUUUAUUAUCACCCGGCAGUAAAUCGCCAAAUUCAAUUUCAAUGUCUAUGAACCAAAUGGCUAAUAACAACAAUAGUCUUGGUGGAAAACAGAAUGCGUUUUUUGAUUCUAACGAUGUACUAAUGCCUACUCAACAAGCAUUCUCUGCUAGCUUCAAGUGA